AAGUGACUGACACGCCCCGCCCACACCACUCUCCUAUUCAAUCCGCAAUGGCGGUACCGAAAGUGCAGUGUCUUCCGCCCAGAGGAAAGAUGGCGGAACGGGAAUCCAGUGCGCAUGAACGGAUGUGUCUGACCGCUGAACCGGAGGCGCGAGAAGCAGCAGGAGGAAGCAGGAGGUUAGAGGCGGCACUUCUGAUGUAGAAGUAGACAGAGCGAUGAAGGGGCAGCAGAAAGUGUCAGAUAAUGAAGAAGGAAAUGUGCGGGUGCAGGAAGGAGCCGUAGCAACAGGGGAAGAUCCCACCAGUGUAGCGAUCGCCAGUAUCCAAUCAGCUGCCACUUUCUCUGAUCCCAAUGUGAAAUACGUGUUCCGCACGGAGAAUGGGGGGACACAGGUAGGACUUUCCUAUUUAUUACAGGUGGCAGAGGGGCAGCAGGAUGGGCAGGACAAGAGGGCACCGCGGGCUAUUAGUGCUUCCCGGCCAACCCAACAUGCAGCCAAGGCUGUGAUCCAGGGCAUCACCAGCGAUGAUACCGGAGAGACUGAAGGGUCGGGGCCAGAGAUCUCACUACACCUACUCUUCCCACCUCAGACAGACUCCAGCACUUCCACUGUAGUGACCACCCACACCACUGACACUCUCAUAGGACAGGGCCGGUCCACAGGGACUCUAGCGUUUUUCUUUUCCCUUAUAGGUCAGUUCUAUGUGAUGAUGUCACCACAAGAUGUUCUACAGGCGGGCUCCCAGAGGUCCAUAGCACCCAGAACUCAUCCAUAUUCUCCAAAGUCCGAUGGCCCACAGACUACUAGAGAUGACAAAAGGCGAGCGCAGCACAAUGAGGUGGAACGGCGCCGUCGGGAUAAAAUCAACAACUGGAUCGUUCAGCUCUCUAAAAUCAUCCCUGACUGCUCUAUGGAGAGCACCAAAUCCGGGCAGAGCAAAGGCGGAAUUUUGUCCAAGGCCUGUGACUAUAUCCAGGAGCUGCGACAGAGUAACCUGCGCCUCUCAGAGGAACUGCAAACCCUGGACCAAUUGCACAUGGACAAUGACGUGCUCAGGCAGCAGGUGGAAGAUCUAAAAAACAAGAACCUGAUCCUACGGAGCCAACUGAGACAUCACGGGGCAGAGAUCAUCCCCAAAACUGACUGAUGGGGGAGACCUGAGCCGGGGGGAGUCUCUCCCCCUCAUUUUCUACUGGUGACUUUACACACGGCCAUGAUGGAUUUUGUAUAAUAAUGUAAAUAUCCUGUGAGAUGGGAGGAGCCUGGUGUUUUGUGGGUGGUGCCAGAACUCCCUUCUCCAUAUUUGGGAAUGAUUUGUAUAAAGUGUAGAUUUGUCUGUGACCCCCCCCCCCAUCCUUUUGUUUUAUUAUAUUGUUUUUUGGGGGGGGGGAUAAAUAUCACGUGUUGCUUUAUGUUACAGUUCAGUCGGGUGUCACAUCUUUUCAGUUGGCUUUAGAAAGAGUCACAGGAAGCCUAGGAAAAUGGCGGUCAGGGGCCAAAGAAGACAACGUGGCAGCCAUCUUGUCUCUGCUUUAAUUUCAUAAUCUAAAUUAUAAUUAGUCUUCCACAACUGCCUCAUUCCUGAGCCUUCCUGGGUGUGGCAUUUAUACAUUGCUUUUUGUUUCCUCUAUGUGACUUGUCUGUAGGACACCACCUCCAUCUUUGCUUGUGCCAGAGAGGCUGCUGGGUAUUUAAUAAACACUCUCAGCUUGUGCUCAGCAUA